AUGUUUCUUAUACAAAUAUUUUUCUUUAUUAUUAUCAAAUCAAUUCUUAUUCGUAGUGAAUCAUUUACAUCAACAACACACUUAACUCAUUUAUUAAAUACUGAAAUUGCUCUAGCUAAAAAGUUAGAAACAUAUCUAAAACAAGAGUACGAACGAUUAGAUCAUAUAGAAAAAUUUAUUAAUGUUAUCAAAGAUGAAAUUCGCCAAGCACAAGGAAAUGAAGAAUAUUAUUUUGGUAAUCCAGUUAAUUCAUAUUUAUUUAUUAAACAUUUAACAACUGAUUGGAAUAGUAUUGAAGACAUAUUACCGACAGACUUUGCAAAAGAUAUGACCAGUCAAUGGAUAUUUCCUACAUUUGAAGAUUAUACUGGAUCUGCUAUGGGAUUAAUGCGUUUACAAGACACAUAUAAAUUAAAUACAAGUCAGCUAGCGAAUGGUGAACUAAGUUCAAAAUUUAAAUCCAAACGAUUAAGUGGUUAG